AUGCAUUACAGUAAAGAAGACGGUAGAUUUGUGAUUGGAAGUAACAGAAAUCUCGGAUCAAAACAGGCACCAGAGGCCCUCGGUGACGAUAUGAAGCAUGUUGAAAGUCUUGGGGCACUGGAAAAAUCCAAGAGUCCUCCAAGUCUGAAAAGUUUUCGAGCAAAUGUCCAAAAGCAUUGGCGCCGGUUCUGGUGUUGCUAUCUCGUGGCGGCUAUAAUUUUCCUGGCCAUAUUCCUACCGGUGUUCUUCCUAGUUGCAGUCCCAGCAAUUGCCCAGCGGAUCGUUGACGACACAAAUCUUCCGGUCCAUUCAGCCCAAAUCCUUGAUCCAAAAGCCAACCAAGUGUCAUUUACUCUUGAUACAUCUUUGAAUGUCCCUAUGGGGCUUCGGAUUCGUACCGAUCCCCUUAGCCUGAGUCUCUUCAAUCGAGAUGUCCAGCCAAUGCAGCCAUAUCUGGUUGUUAAUCUACCAUCAUAUAGCCUCAAAGGAGACACAAACAUGACGGUGACACAAAAUAAUACGGAUAUCUUGAACGAGGAUCAAUUUAUUAAGACUCUCACGCAAGCUGUGUAUAACAAACGAUUCACAAUGUCGGCCAAGGGAUCAACGGUUGGCCACCUCGGCGCCCUCAAAGCCCCUUUGACACUUGAUAAGGACAUUGAGCUGAAUGGUAUACCUCUCUUUCACUAUUCUUUGGAUGACUUACGCGCUGAUAUUUUUGAUGCCGCAGGGCUCGAUAAGCUGAGUGGAUUCUCAAUAGACUCUGCGCGAGUCCUAAUUCCCAAAGAGGCAGACGGUACCAACUUGGUAGGAGAGGCGAACUUACCAAAUCAUUCUGUCUUUACAUUCGCAUUGGGCAAUGUGACCUUAAACUUGAUGAGCGCGGAUUUGAUUAUCGGCCAAGCAACCAUUUUGAAUGUUAUUCUUAAGCCCGGGAACAACACUGUCUCCUUGAGAGGACGUAUCGAGAUUUCUACAGUUUUAGAGAACCUUUCGGAGAUCUUGGCUGUCCAAAAGGCCGCCUUAGUGGAUGGCAAUCUCGAGCUCUCGGCCUCUGGCAACUCCACCAUCUAUAACGGAGUUCACAUCAAGUACUACGAACAAGUCCUUAACAACCUUACUCUCGUCACUCGAGUGCCAAUUCUUGAAGUCUUGGGGGUACCCUACAAGGAUUACUAA